AUGCCAGCUUAUGAAGCCCCUUCUGUUGAGUUGGGUAGUGUUCCUCAAACGCCAACAAUUGUCGAAUCACCCUCUCUUUCGGAAAUAUCCAGUGCAAGUUCACCAGAACCUCAAAAUGUGCGAGCUACACCACUUUUCAGGGCUUUGGCGAUGCCGCCGCCCGAUCCGGAGCAACCCCCAGGCCAGGACGAACUGGAACGCCGCUUGCCUGGCUACAGACGCAUCGUCAUCCCCAGGGAACUGACUUUAAUAGAAUUACUUAAACAAUCCAGUGGCGUUACCACGGACGAGGAAGUAUUGCGUAUUAGAGAAGCCAAACUGAGAGUAGUUGCAGAACGUGUCGGACUGAGGAGGUUACACGUUCUAGCUCCUCUUCUCCGUUCUCUUACUUUGGAUGGAAGCGCACUGUCAUCAUUACGCGAUCUUGGGAUUGGUUUAGUUCAUCUUAAGGUGUUGAGUGUAAAUCGAUGUGGAUUAACAUGCCUUGAUGGAGUAUGGGGUUUAGGAGCAUUAUGCGAGUUCUAUGCCGCUGGAAAUCGGCUAAAUGAUUUGCAACCUCUAGCCGCGUUACAGAAGUUGCAUACUUUAAAUUUAUCAGAUAAUCCUAUAGCCGAUACUAAUCGUAUAUGGACACUGGGUGUAUGUGGAUCUCUUCGUCGUUUGACUUUGCUUAGGACACCGGCAGCAGAUUCUGCACACUACCAUGAAUGGGAUCAAGCGUUGGGGUCAUAUAACUCUAAUUCCGAAGAGAGCGAUGAAGAAGUCGCACAAUUGAUGCGUCCGACAGGCGACACCCCGCCAGCCGAGCCAGAACCGGGACCAUCCACGCAGUUUCCAACUCUUAAGACUUCAAAUGAAGAAGUUAAAGGUGGUGGUGACGGGGCUGGUCAGCCUUUAUUGGCUGCUGUUCGGCGGUCUCGAAGGCCAGCGACCACAGAGGGCGCGGGUUCGAGACCAUCAAAGCCAAAUAUACCUGUGAGGCCUCGUACCGCACACGAUCGCCCAACCAUAGACGCACCAUCUCGACUGCAAAUACUUAAUACAUUAAUGGAACUCGAUGUUGAAAAGGAGUUGGUGCAGCAAGCGAUGGAGGAUGCCGCACGGGCUCUAGCUGAAGAGAUCCCCAGAGCACCGAGUCUCGAAGAUUGGGCUCGAUUCAGGGAAGAAACUGGAAUUGACAUUAACAUUGAUUUUAAUCGGAGACCAAGAGAUGCGGAUCCGGCGGAGGUAAUGGAUCGUUUGGAAAGGAUCGAAAAAGAAACCAUGGAGAGGCUUAAACAAGAAGAAUCUGAACGACAAAGUGGACAUUCUCCUCAAACUUCCACAUACAGCAGCGAAAUGAGAUUACCCUUAAGUGGGCACGACUUGUGGAGGGGCACGAGUUUCGACCGAAUGCCAGAACUGACAGUUGAUGACGAUCAAUUAUUUAACGAUAUGUUUAGAAUUAAUCCUGCUCAUAUGAGUAUAUUGAGACAUAAUUCAGAGUCCCAUAAGUAUUGAGUGGAAAUGAGUGAAAAUAAUGAAUGACUCACAAUUGACGGUAAUGGAAAUGCAAAUGAAUAGUUUCUAAUUUUGUUAAAUAAUUUUAUUAGCAUUUGGCUAAACUCGUUUGUAAUCUAAUGUUUAAUGUUCAUUCAUGUCCUGCCAGUAACAUUAUAUUAUCAACAACAGAUGUAGGUAAUUUAUUUAUUUAUCAAACGUU